AAAAGCUUGGUAGCAACGAACGACUGACUCACACACAUACAAAGGCUGCAAGUUUGAUGAAGUGUAACAGUGUUUUGUGGUGGAAUGGGAUCUCCAACAAAAAAUGCAACACCACACAGAACCAACAUUCAAACCCCUGGAAGGGAGCCUGACUCUCCACUUCCCCCCAUCCAUGAGCGCCUGGCGUACCUCCGACCAUCCAGGGAGCUACUGGAGUUCUACAGACAGAAGAUCGCCCAGUUUGAUGAGGAGCAUGAGGAACUGCUGCAGAUGCUGGAGAAGUAUAAAGGCAUCACGGAGGACCAGCAUAAGCUGCAGUGGGAGAUACGACAGCGUGAGGGAGAGAUUGCUGAGUUGCAAAAUGCUCUUAGUGACAUGCAGGUCUAUCUUUUUCAAGAGAGGGAACAGUCUCUUCGGCUUUAUGCAGAAAAUGAUCGACUAAAGAUCAGAGAGUUAGAGGACAGGAAGAAAAUCCAACACCUUCUUGCCCUGGUGGGUCCUGAUGCAGGAGAGAUCACAUAUUUCUACAGAGAACCUCCUCACAAGGUUGCUAUCACUCAGAAGAAUAUUGAGUCCAGAUGUGAAGAAACUCUCAGUCUCAGGCCAACAAAGUUAAGACAUUCAGUGAACAGAAAAGAGAGUAACAGGAGAACAAAAUCAUCAGAUGGGAUAAAUGAAGACAGUCUGGAGCAAUACAAGAAUGACAACCAGACUCUGUUACUUCAGGUGGAGGCGCUGCAGGCUCAGAUGGGGGAACAGACACGUCUGGCCAAAGAACAAGUAGAAUCUUUGCAGGAGGAUAGACGGAUUAAAACGGAGGAGGCACAGGCACAAAUGCAGAGAGACCAGGAGCGAAUCACAGCACUGACUAACAAGCUUCAGCAAACCCAGAACCUGUUGCAUGAAAGCACCAGGGAUUUCUUACAGCUGAAGUUUGAAACCCGGGCUCAUGAGAAGAGCUGGAUGGUGGAGAAGGACCGGCUGCUAAGGGAACUGGACUCUCGCCACAACCGUUUGAGGAAGUCAGGCUCUGUAGGUACCGAGCCGGGCCGAACAUGGCAGCCCGGCGGCAGCACGGCCAUGCUCCUCCAGCGGCCUCAACCAGAGACACAGCAGAUGCACAAAGAGGAGAUAAAGGCACUGCAGGAAGAUCUGAAGCAAGCCCACCGUCUGGCUGACAUGUUCAGGGAACAGUGUAUCACUCUAGAGACAGAACUUGCCCAAAUCCGAGAGGAGGGAGAUGUUGGCAGGGAAAUAUUUAAGGACCGUUCAGGCAAAAUGGCCAAACGUCUUCAGCUAAUGACUCAGCGCUAUGAGGCUCUGGAGAAGAGGAGGGUGAUGGAGGCAGAGGGCUUCAAGACUGACCUGAAGCACCUUAGACAGAAAUUGAAAGACGUUGAAAAGCAGCUCCUCAAGGUUACUCUGAAUGUUGGACCCAACCAGGAUUUAGCUAUUCUGCAUGAAGUACGGCAGACCAACCACAGGACAAAAAAGGCUCAGGAUGAGCUGAAGACACUGAAGGCUAAAAUCUAUGGGCUGGAAAAUGAGCUGAGAUACGGUUGAAGUAUGGACAGUGUGACAGAAUGUCUUGUGUUUGCUUGUAGGGGAGAAUUUCUAUGAAGUUUUAUUGUUUGUGUUUAUCACUGAGACUAGGGCUGAUUGUUUUUCUACAUUGUAUUGUGGACCAAUAAAGAUAUUUAAUUUUAA